ACCAGAAGUAUGUACUUGGUCUGGAUGCUACAUCACGCCAUUUCCGACGGAUCGCCCCUGCUACUUGUGCUGGGGCUAUUUGUUCGGAUCUAUCUAUAAGGAGGGAGAAACGUGACGUCCUGGUGAGCUUGCCGAAACCCCAACCCCCCGUCUUAUCAAUUGUCCCCAGGAGACCGAUCUCGACCCCAUGGCGGCUUCUCACUCGAGUGGGCGACGGGAAGACGCGCCGUUGGCCUGGUUUCCUCCGCUCCCGUCCUCGACAUAUAAACCGUACGCCACAAGCCUUCUCCGGGUCCGCCUGAAUGGCUUGUCAGAGAAGCAGCGCAAAGAGAACACAAACGGUGAUGGUCCAGCUGCUGCUUCUCUCGGCACGCUGCUGCAGUCCGCCUGGGCCGUCACGGUGGCCACUUACACGGGGAACGAUGAGGCGCUCAUCAACGUCGCCUUGAGCGGCCGCGACGUGGCGGUCCAGGACAUCGCCAACAUGGGCGGGUCAACCCUCACAACAGUGCCGGUGCGAGUGAAGAUCGACAAGGAGCAGCCCGUGGCCGACCUCCUCACCACUGUCUCCCGGCAGGCUAAAGAGAUAGCCCCCUUUGCAGACGCCGGCCUGUACACGAUCCGCAACGCGGUGCCUAGGCUCGGCCCCAACUUGGACGCCGGGCACCUCUUCAUCAUCCGGCCAGCGCUCGCCGACAGCGACAGCCCAGGCCUCGAGACAAUCGGGCUCGAGCAGGGCAACGACGCGGCGAUCGCGGACAGUACCACCGAGAGCCGCGACGCUGGCAGCUACGCUCUGGCCGUAGACUGCAGGGCGGACGCCGAGUCGGUCCACGUCGAGUUGCACUACGACUGCCGCGUGCUCUCCGCGCGCAGGGCCGGCGCGCUCCUCUCCCUGUUCAGGCACGUCGUCGGCCAGCUGGAAGACGCCCACACGAGCAACGCCACCCUGGGCGACCUCGACCUCCUCAAGCCGGCUGAUGUUGAGGCGGUCCGAAGGUGGAACGCGCCCGUACUCACGGCCAACCCGAACCGGUCCUGUAUCCACAACCUCGUACAAGCGAUGAUGGAACGGCAGCCGCACGCCCCGGCCGUGGCGUCGUGGGAUGGGGACUUGUCCUACGUAGAGCUGGGCAGGGCGUCGGGCCGGCUGGCACACUACCUGGUCAGCAUCGGCGUCGGUCCGGAGGUGCCGGUCGGCGUCUGUAUGGAUAAGUCCCGGUGGGCGACCGUAUCUAUGCUCGCGAUCCUGCAGGCGGGCGGCACGGUGGUGGCCCUCGGCACGCAGCACCCCCUGAGCCGUAUCGAGAAGGUAGUCGCCGACGCCGAUGUGCGUAUAACGCUUGCGGACGCGGCCCAGGCAAAGCGUCUGCACGAUGUGCAGCGCGGGACAGUACGAGGAGACUCGACGUCGGCGGUUGUCGUCAUCGUUGUCGACCAGGCCUUCGUCGAACAGCUCCCAGCCGCGCAAUCACCCCCCGCCACAGGCGUUGCCGCCGCCGACGCCGCCUGGAUCGUCUACACGUCAGGCAGCACCGGCACGCCCAAGGGCGUCGUCCUCGAGCACCAGGCGCUCUGCACGGGCAUGGCGGCGCACGGCACACAGUUCGGCAUCGGCCCACGCACGCGCGCGCUGUCGUACGCGGCGCACACGUUCAGCGUGGCGGUGGAGGACUUCACGACGCUGCUCCUAGGCGGCUGCGUCUGUAUCCCCUCGGAGGCGCAGCGGACCGACGCGGCCGAGCUCGCGCGGGCGAUCCGGGCGAUGCGCGUCAACUUUGUCAACCUGACGACGACGACGGCCGCGCUGCUGGACCCGUAUGCGCUGCCCGGUAUCGAUACGGUUGUCCUCGGCGGCGAGGCCGUCACGCCUGCCGUAGUGGACCUGUGGGCGCCGCACGCCACCGUCAUCAACGCCUACGGCCAGAGCGAGUGCUCCGUUGAGUCGGUUGUCAACAGCCGCAUCGAGUACGGCCGGGACGCUGCCAAUAUCGGUCGGCCCCUUGCCGGAUCCGCCGCGUGGGUCGCGGACCCGGCCGACUACAACCGUCUCGUGCCCGUCGGGGCGCCCGGUGAGCUCUUGAUCCAGGGCCCGCUAUUGGCACGGGGUUAUCUCAACGACCCGGCCAAAACGGCCGCCGGUUUCGUUUCGUCCCCGGCGUUCCUGACCCGUAUCGGCUUCGACCUGCCCGGGCGCAGCAGCCGUAUGUAUCGUACCGGUGAUCUGGUACACCAGCUGGACGAUGGCUCGCUAGUGUACCUGGGCCGAUGCGAUGCCCAGAUCAAAAUUCGGGGCCAGCGGGUCGAGCCGGGCGAGAUUGAGAGCCAAAUCGUCCGAGUCGGGCAUCGUUACGUCGUACGCGCGUUUGUGGAUUUGGUGAGACCGCGCGACGCACCUCACGCUGCAGACCCUGUCCUCACAGCGGCGGUCGAGAUUAUCGAGCUACAGGGCGCCGAGGUCGACAGUGGCGAUGCCGUGGACUGCGUACGACGCGAAGACCUUGUGCUACCCGGGGUGCGGGCUCCUACGCAGGGCCUCGCCGCCGCGGCCCAGAGUAUACGCGCUGCUCUGAUCCAGGAGCUCCCGGCGUAUAUGGUUCCGAGCUAUUUCGUGCCCCUGGCGGGCCGUCUUCCCGUCAACGCGUCCGGGAAGCUGGAUCGGCGUGCUGCUCGCGCAAUUCUCGAGGCCCUGAGCCACGACCAGCUGGGCGUAUUCAGUAGUACCAGAGUGGCGAGGGAUCCUAACCGAAUACUAACGAGGACCGAGGAGCGGCUCCGUGCCGUGUACGCCCAAGUUCUCGGUCGUUCCGCCGACAGCAUCGGACCAGAAGAGUUCUUCACCGAGCUCGGAGGCGACUCCGUAGCAGCUAUACACGUCGUUGGGGCCUCUCGCCGGCAAGGGAUGGUCUUCUCCGUUGUAGACGUCUUGCAGAAGCAGAGCAUAUCGGCUCUAGCUGCGGUGGUCGGAAAAAGGGAUGGACCGGAUGGCGAGGACCACCGCCUGCAGCGAGGCCUGAGCCGGACAUCGUCAGCCGUGACGGAUCACCAGCAGUGGAUAUUGAACUACCAUAUAGCUAGGCCAGACGUCGGUAUGACGUGGGUCGCUUUGGACUCGCCAGGGCCGUUGGCCGACGGCGAGAGAAUGGCGGAGGCAUGUAAGAAACUGUUCGCGACGGUCGAGGUCUUGCACACCGGCUUCACCCGAGAGGAAGAUGGGAGGUGGAAGCGGGUCGUUCUCUCGGGGUUCCAACCCGAGGUCCCAAUACAUAUAUGUACCGCGGCCACCGGUUCGGUCGAGCAGUGGACCGAGGACUUCAUCCGGCGCGAGGGACCCACGGCCAUCGAGCCUGGGCGGCCCCUGGCAGACGUCGCCAUCUGCAGCACUGCCGAAAAGCACCGUAUCCUCUUCCGUAUGUCUCACGCCAUCUACGACGGCAUGUGCAUCCAUCGAUUCUGGACCACCCUCGACGAGCUGUACCGGACCGGCCAAGCCAGCGAAAGAGCAUCCUUCUCCCAGUACAUGGCCCACACGGAGAAGCGCCAGACGCCCGAGGCGUCCAAGUACUGGGCUGAACUCCUCGCCGCCGCCGCCAUGCCGCUGAUCGGGGACCCCCCCACGGCAGCGAGGCUCCCGGACACGGAAAAAUACGCCUGGCGAGCGGGCGGCGCGACCUGCGCCAACGUCAUUAAGGCCGCCUGGGCGCUCGUACUGGCGCGGUACGUGCGGCGGGACGACGUGGUCUUCGCCGACGUCGUCUCGGGGCGCGCGGGGAUCGACGACCCGUCCGUGGCGGACGCGCUGGGGUGCUGCUCGACGCUGGUGCCGGUGCGGGUACGGCUGGACCCGUCGUCCACGUACGGCGACCUCGUGGCCGGGGUACGCAGGCAGCAGCUGGCGGGGGUCCCCUUCGAGACGUUCGGGUACGGGCGCAUCGCGCGCGAGUGCACCACCGGCUGGCCGGCGGGCACGCCCGCGUCGUCGUGGGUCAACCACGUGCCCGCGCCGAUCGACGGCAGCAUGCAGGUCGCGAUCGGCGGCGCCGAGUAUGUCGUCAGCCAGCCCCGGCAGGAGGAGCAGAAGUGGACGUUCAGCGAGGCACGCAUUGAGUGGACGCAGCUCGGCGCCGACGCGCUCCGGUUCCGUCUCGUAUACGCGGUCGACAAGGUCUCGGAGCAGGCUGCUCGGGGCCUCUACGACGGCCUUGUUUCUGUCGUUCGGCAGAUCCUCUCGGCGCCGCAGACAUUGAUCGGGAGCCGGCUUGUUCAGGAGUCUUGAGUAGCAACACAUGGCGGGGGGGCGGGUGUUUCGGAAGGAGAGCGAGACGAGGCGACCCAGAAUUGCUCGCUCGGUAUAUAUCCAAGAGGCUUGGGGAGAUGUUGACGGUUGGGAUGUGACCCUUCUCAAUGACUUGUUCUCAACCCUCGCGGCAUGGCCAUCACUCCGUGGCAUCCAUCGGGAGGAAUUGAUACGCGCUCCCCGUGCGACGACUGCGGGAAGAUUUGUGCUCGCGAUAAAAUACAAAGUUGUCACAAGGGACGUCACAGGGCUUAACAGUAGC